CAUACCUCUACCGAUACAACCUGAGACGCGCUCACGCUAGCGUGAGAAACCGAGCAGCGCAGGCACUAACAUUCAAAGCUCGCCUGCACAAUGGCGACCGGACGUCAGCACGUUUCCAUCUUUGACAAGCUCACUGACUCGAGCCUCUACACCGGCGCACACAAGCACAGAUUUGAUGCCAGUGGCAAUGGUCGUGGGCUGGCAGGACGUGAUCGUGUCACAAAGGGCCACGGCUUCAUCGCCGGCGCGCCGGGCGGCUCAGUGGCGGACCUAUCCCAAAUCACACGCACCAACCUGAACACCACCGGAGCCGGCUACAUCCCGCCGCCCUCCCGCGGCAGCAGCAACGGCUCGGCGCUUCUGUACCAGCGCACCAGCAUUGACGGCUCCCGCAUGGCGCCCGCCUGGGACUUCCCCGCCCACUCCCCCGGCACGGCCCUGUCGCCCUCGGGCCCCGCUACGCCCGGCCGCGCCGGCUCUGUAGGCCGCCCCAUGCGCUCCUCUCACACCGGCGCCGGCUACAGCUCCAACUGGGGUUCCUCGGGCGGUCUGCCCGUCACCUACACAACCACCUCCACCUCCACCAGCGGCCCGCGCACCAGCGGCGGCGGCCAACGCAGCUCCAUUUUUGACCGCCUGAACGACCCCACCUCCUACACCGGCGCGCACCGCCACCGCUUCUCCUCGGACGGGCGCGGCCGCGGCGCCGAGGGCCGCACCAUGUCCAACGCCUACGUCAGCGCCUCCGCCAACGUGAUGCGCCGGUAGACUCACGGUGGCUGCAAGGAGGCGGGGCGCUGGGUGACGGAGGGGUGUGGGGAAGCGGCCGGGGUGAGAGGGGGGAGUUUUGUGUGCAGGAAUUCACCCAGGCACGUGUUUGGAGCACGCUCGGGAUGUGUGUGGGUGCAGUUUCGACUUGCACCGUGUGGGCAGAUGGGAAGUAGCUGCAAAGCUGUUGGAAUUAUUGGUGAAUUAUUCAUGCAUGCCGGGAUGCAUGUGUGUACAAAGUCAGGAGCCGGCGACUGCUUGUGGGGCGCCUGUGCCCCACACGCAUGCUGCGAGAUAUAAACUGGGUCCCUGAGCCAAGGGACCCGCUAUACAUAUGCGUUUAUAUGAUUGACAGGGUUGCUAACGUAACUGCGCCUCCGACAUUUACAGCCGGAGAUGUCGCCUGCACAGUAGGGUGAAGGAUUUAUCAGCGUGUUUGUUGCUGGAUGCCCCUUCCCUGUUGCUUUUUGGGAGCAUACGCACUGCUUUGUUAAUUUGUUGGCUAGGUGCUAAGCUAUGCUCGCAAGACCUUAGCUGUGUAGCAAGGGGCCUCACGGUUACAGUGUAGGCAGCCCGUCCUGCACUCCGUGACCUGUACAUGCAAAAGUGUAUCACUGCUGGGGAUGGGCCCCGUACACGGCGGUGGCAAGGCCACUGAAGAGCAGAGGAAGUAUGCGCCUGUGCGGAGUCGCGGCUGGGCCAUACAACUAACGGCAUGAGUUUUGCUCGGGUGUGCUGUUGGCUGAGAGGCUGACAGAUGGCUGGGGCCGCACGGUCCUGGGGUGUGAGUCUCUCGUGGGUGUGAGUCGCUCCUGUUGAGCAGCGGUUGACGUAUUCAUCAGAUCGCUCGCGGGCCGCUCGCUCGAAGCAGCAUUUAAACUGCCCAGCGCGCUGCCUGCUGGCGCCAAUAGUGUGCAGACCGGGCCCAAGAACUAGCGGACCGCCAUGCGAUCCAUGGGGCGUGCCCCUAAGGGAGUCAACUGACAGGGGACGCAACGUACGGUGUUGUAAUGCUGAGCACGAGAGGAGGCGUGUGCAGGUAGUGGCCCUUAGUGGCGUAGGGCUGGUGUAGAAAUGGCGACUGAAGUCUGAAUAUGAUCUGAGUGCCAGAGUCGUAACAAACGUUGGACCAAAGGUACUGCGGAUGCUGGCGUGCGCACAACCUCCCGGACCGGUGACCGGGUCGGGGUCGGGGUUGGCUUCAGCCCCCGCAGGGGCCCAGCACCUCAUCGGGGAAAUGGAGUCUGGGGAAAUGGGAUCAAAUGGACGCAAAAUCGCUCGUUUUCGCCCGCGCAGCUUCUAAAUACUUACGUAAUCAUGUAAUAUUAAUAGCUG